AAUAUAACCACAGACUCUGUUUUCGCCGAUCAGGAACAGCACUGACUAACUCGGCAAGCAGCUGUCGAAGUUCAGCCCUCAUUGUACACGCUGCUCCCGGCGACCGAUGAACCUCUAUCCCACCAUUCGGUCAUCCGGUUGAGUAGGAGUGCCUUUGGCUCUGUGUUAAGACGGAGUCCAUGGGACGUUGGAAUAUCUGAGCAAUCAUCGUUUUAUCUUGGGCCGUUGUUUUCUUCUAACUGGUUUGCACGCGUGCUGAGUGUACAAAGUUAACAUGACUGGCCACUUGAUACAAACAACUCCUGGGUCAGCCGAUGGAGGCAGCAUGAGAAGCCCACCGAAACCCAUCCCCACUGAUAUGGCCAUGAUGUCCCGGACUAAUGAGUUGGCCGGAAUGGAGCUGUUUGCGGCUUCGACCUCGUCGAAUCGAGGACCGCUCGAUUCUUAUGGACGGCAACCUCGAACCCUGCCUUCAAACCCAGUAGAAACAUGGUACGAAAGCAAUGAUGGCCCGUGGAUCCCCAAGGGUUUGGCCCCUGCGGAGAUCGAUGAGCAGAGCACUUCGAGACUGCAUGGCGCAAGUGUGCCGGGCUAUUCAUGCACGUUCGCAACUCAAUACCCAAAUGACUUCCUACCCUCAGAAUGCAGUACUGGGCCACCCGGUCAUGCUAUACCGCCCUCGGACUCGGGAUAUGGAAGCUAUGUAGCCAAGCGAAGUAUCACAAGUGGUUCUCUUUUUGACGAAUCUCUGGAUCGGACCGGAGAAACCCAGAGCAUUGUGGGAAAUCCUUUGGAAUUCCACAACUCUGCAUCAAGUCCAGAUAUGCUGCAGAAGCAUGGGGUUGUUAGAUCUUGGGGCCAACCACAAGGGCAAACAUUUCCAGAACGACGGAAGGAGCUGAUCUGUGAAACAUGCAAGAAGGUGCUGAAGACGAAUUCGGAGCUCAAGAAACACAGGCAGAGGCACACGAAACCAUAUACUUGUGACGUGCCCGGCUGCACACGAAUAGAAGGUUUCAGCACGACGAACGACCUUUACCGACACAAGAGAAGCGUGCAUAAGGAUGAAGCUGCUCAGGGUAACUGGUAUCGAUGCUUGCUGGAUAAUUGCGGCAGUAAGGCAAAGAUCUGGCCGAGAGCAGACAAUUUCAGAGCACAUCUUAAGCGAUGUCAUAGUCAGAAUAUCAAAUCUGAGGACGAAGGCCUAGAAAGAUAUGCCUACCGACCAUCGCCACCGGCCCCUCAAGAGCUUCUGCACGACCUGGCUGGAUUCCGACCACCUGUAGAUUACAAUCUGCUUCAGUUUGGUCAAGACAUGGGAAAUCCUUUCCAACAGAGCUGUUGGUCCGAAGCCGAACAUAUCCCGGCGACUGAGCUGCCACGAGAAGCAGGCGUUGAUUCACAUGCCUUCACCAGAAAUUCGCAGUCGCCACUGACGUUGAAUCCUGAUUCACCAGAGCCUCAACCCCCUACGACGCCUAGCAAUACCACGCUUGAUAUCAUGGAUCGAAUGGAAACGUGUACACAGUUUGCAGCACAGACGUCCCAUCAAAUCGAGAACUCGUCCGAGUCGGUGUCGAACGAUAAAGACGAAAAUACCGGGCCCGCUCAGUUUGUUAGUCCUAGGGAAUUGACUCAAAGUAAAAAGGGAACUCAGUUGUCAAUACAGUCCGAGCAGAGUCCCGUUCUUUCAGCCGGUGAUGCAAGCCCAUUGCAGAGAACGAGCCAACCGGAGACUCAUUUAAAUGAACCUCAAGCCGAUGACGAUAGACCACUGAUGUCAAGGUUGGGAAAACAGGGCCACUAUCCUAGCCGCAAAACCCAUGCUCCAGGGGUCCAGAGUGCAACAUCUACGACUGGAGACACUUCAUCUAUGGGAUCAAACUUGGAUGGCCUCGACCCCGCGGCGUUGAAAAAGAUCAUUGAAAGUCUCCAUGCGAGUGGUGCUCUGGAGGAGCAUGGCUACAGAAAGGAGAAUUCGUCAGCUGUUAGAGACCAAGCCUCAGAGACUGCUGGUUUUACACACCAUGAACAGCACGCCUGUGCAAAGUGUAACAAGAAUUUUGCACGUCCUUGUGAGCUGAGGAAACACCUGAAGCGCCAUGAGAAACCGUACGGCUGUACAUUUCAUGGUUGUAGCAAGAAGUUCGGCAGCAAGAAUGACUGGAAACGCCACGAGAGCAGCCAGCAUUUCCUCAUUGAAGCCUGGAAAUGCAACGAAGUGAGCAGUAGCAAGCUCUCGGAGCCAUGCGGCAAAGUAAAUCACCGGCGUGAAUCGUUUAGACAACACUUGCAAAUACACCACAAACUCCAGGGCGACAUCGUGGAUGCCAAAAUAGAAUCAUGCCACGUGGGAAGAAAUUGCGAUGCUAGAUUCUGGUGUGGCUUUUGCCAGGAGAUCGUUGAGAUAACACAGAAAGGCCUCGAUGCCUGGGCUGAACGAUUCAACCACAUCGACGAUCAUUUUUUUGGUCGAAAUAAGCUGUCUAAGAAGCAGAUUGAUGACUGGGAGAGUCUUGAUCCCGAUGCCCCACUAGCUCGAGAUGGAUCUACGUACGAAUCAGAUGACGAUGUUCCUGAGCAAACGACUUCACGAAACAAGUCUACGUCAAUACGAAACAUCAUGGAUCAGGGGUCGGACAACCAUCGCUCUGUGGUAAAACGCAAGAUGGAUGAUGAAGAUGAUGGUCGCCAUGUCAAAAAGACAAAGAAGGGAGCUCGAAACAUGGGGCAUGUCACACAAUGUUGCGAAUGCGGUGAAGGAAAUACGCGGGGUGCGAGCCCACGGUGUGUAAACACCCAGUGCCAGCAUGAGCUUUGCAAUUACUGUAUAUGAGGACAAUUCUUUGGAUAGUAAUGAAUGUUACGAUUUACGCACUGCUGCUACGGUUUGGUGGAUUCCUGGUU